AUGAAUCUCACUUGCUCGCCCUCAGCGAUCCAACCCCCAGCCGUCUUCGGCGCAGAAAUCCUUCACCUGUCAGCCGCCUGGGUAACCAACUACACUCGCACUAUCCCAGCCACAUUCAACUACAACCACGGCGACGUCGAGUUGCGCAAUGCAGAGUUCUGCAACAUCACCGUCACCUACACACACUCGGGAUACGACGACCGUAUCACCGUAGAGACCUGGCUCCCACGCCACGGCUGGAACGGCCGCCUACAAGCCACCGGCGGCGGAGGCUGGCAGGCCGGUCGCUUCGUACUGUCUCAGUUCUUCAUGGGCGGAGCGAUCGGCGAGGGUUAUGCGACGACGACGACCGACGCGGGGCUAGGCGACACGGUCUUUCCCAGCGCCUGGGCGCUCACCAGCCCCGGCAACGUCGACUACGCGGCGUUGCAUAAUUUGGGUUCCCGCUCGUUGAACGACCAAGCAGUCAUUGGCAAGAGCCUGAUUCGCAGCUUCUACGGACGCGAGCCGGACUACUCUUACUGGAGUGGCUGCUCCCAGGGAGGGCGGCAGGGGUUGAUGCUGGCGCAGCGGUACCCGACAGCGUACGAUGGCAUCGCGGCGUCCGCACCCGCGCAGUCCUGGACCAAGUUUGUCUCCGCUGUUUAUUACCCGCUGUUGAUGCGGGAGUGGCGCGGAGUCAAUCCGCUGGCGUGCGAGUUGAAUUUCCUAACGGCGGAGGCUGUCGCCCGCUCCCCGUACACGUCCGUCAAUCAGACCUUCCACUGCCCAGCCGUGAAUCGAACAAUUGCGCUCAGCGAAGGCGCCGCGAUAAUCGCUGAUGCCGCUUGGUCCGGUCCGCGCACGCAGGAUGGCAAGUUCCUCUGGUACGGGGUGAACCCCGGCUCCGACAUCAGCACCUAUGGCUCCGUGCCCGAGGAGAACAGCACCCAGGCGGAUGUCUGGUUCAACCUGUUCGUGGCCAAGAACGCCAGCUUCGAGACGAGCAAGAUGACUCGCGCGGAGUACGAGCGGGCCUUCCACCUCGCCAGUCAGGAGUAUACCGAUGUCAUGAACGCGGCGGAUCCCGACCUGAGCGAGUUCCGCAAGGCAGGCGGGAAGCUCAUUACUUAUCAUGGCAUGGCCGACCCCAGCAUCCCGACCAAGGACACCGAAUUCUACUACAACGCCAUGAGUGAUCUCUUCCCCGAUGUCCAGGAAUUCUAUCGCUUCUUCGAGGCCCCCGGGUUAGGGCAUUGUUCGGGCGGUGUGGGCGGGCAGCCCACCACUACGUUCGAUGCCCUCAGACAGUGGGUGGAGAACGGGACAGCCCCUGAGACUCUGCCCGUGCAGUACGCAGGGUCCAAUGGGGCGAAGCAGUCGCGUAUCCUGUGUCCUUAUCCUGCGCAGGCGAAGUACAUGGGAGGCGAUGCUUCUUCUGCGGAGAGUUUCCGCUGUGUCUAG